GGAAGAAGAAGAAGAGGGCAGCAGGAGCUGGAGUCCUCAGAGAUCUCUUUUGUCCCCCUGCAGCAGCAGCAGCAGCAGCAGCAGCAGCACAUGGAGGAGCGGCGGUUCCCGCUGACCGCUGCUCAUGACACGCGCUAAUUACAAAAACCUGGUGAAGCAAUUAAGCACAGACCCGGCGCAGAUUGGAGCGCACACGACUUGAUUUUAGCGCUCCAGUCAUCUCGUCAGCACCAUGAGUUGGAGCUUCCUAACCCAUCUGCUGGAUGAGAUCUCCAACCACUCCACCUUCGUGGGGAAGAUCUGGCUCACGGCGCUCAUCAUCUUCCGCAUCGUGCUGACGGCGGUUGGCGGUGAAACCAUCUACCAUGAUGAACAGAGUAAAUUUGUGUGCAACACGCAACAGCCUGGGUGUGAGAACGUGUGCUACGAUGAGUUUGCACCGCUCUCGCAUGUCAGGUUCUGGAUCUUUCAGGUGAUCAUGAUCACAACCCCCACCAUCAUGUACCUGGGCUAUGCCAUGCACAAAAUUGCCCGCAUGGAUGACAACGAGUACCGGCCCCUUCGGAACAGGAAGAAGAGGAUGCCCAUCAUCAGCCGCGGGGCCAUGCGGGACUACGAGGAGGCAGAGGACAACGGAGAAGAGGACCCCAUGAUCGUGGAGAAGAUUGAACCGGACAAGCCAGACAAAGCAGACAAAGUUCCAGAAAAAAAGCAUGACGGUCGUCGGCGGAUUCUGCGAGACGGCCUGAUCAAAGUGUACGUGUGCCAGCUGCUGUGGCGCUCGGCCUUUGAGAUCAGCUUCCUUUUCGGCCAGUACGUCCUCUACGGCUUCGAGGUGAUGCCCUCGUACGUGUGCUCUCGGCAGCCGUGCCCCCACACGGUGGACUGCUUCGUGUCCCGCCCCACGGAGAAGACCAUCUUCCUGCUGAUUAUGUAUGUCGUGUCUUUCCUCUGCCUUCUCCUCACCAUCCUGGAAAUAAUCCACUUGGGGAUCGGUGGAAUCCGUGACGCCUUCCGUCGGCGCGCCAGCAUGAACACGCGCAGCCAGCGCCCGGCUUCAUCUUCAUCCCGCUCCACGCCCACGGCUCCACCGGGAUACCACGCCACCAUGAAGAAGGAGAAACUGAAAGGAGAGCUGAGGGACUUGCCGAUAAGCGACUCUGGGCGAGAGAGUUUCGGGGACGAGGGCCCCUCGUCCAAGGAGCUGGAGCGGUUGAGGAGGCAUCUGAAGAUGGCACAGCAGCAUCUGGACCUCGCAUACCAGCAUGAUGAACGCAGCCCUUCACGCAGCAGCAGCCCGGAGGUCAACACAGCUGCACAGACAGCUGUGGAGCAGAACCGCCUCAACUUUGCCCAAGAAAAACAGGGCGAAGUGAGCGAGAAAGGAACACAUGCCUGAGCGUGCUUCCCACCUCAACCGUCUGUCUUUCCAUUCCUACUGGCCUUAAAUGCAUAGGGAAGCACAUAUGGGAAUGCAGUCAGACCACUGAGGGAGACCAAAGCGUGCGUUGUGCGGAUGAGAGAAUUGUGCCUUUCAGUAUUAGUGGUCGGUUGAAAAACAAAGCAAUGCUGACCAAACUGUGUUGUGACAAAUGGUUCAUCUCCACGACUCUAAACUUGAAAGCCUGCCACAUCUGGAGUUACUGCUUGUCGCCCUACGUCCAAAACAUGUGUACACCCCGUUCUUUCACCCACUCUGCUUCUGUGGCCAUGCAGUAAAUCAUGUCCUUGCAAGACCUUGUAAGGAUUUAUUUUGUAAGCUUCCAACUCGUGGUUGAGUCUACCUUUUUUGUUUUCCCUCACAAAAGAGCUCUUUUUUUAUGAAAUGUCACUGAAUGUUUUUGAGGUUUGUUUGUCCUCCAGAAAAUCUUAAAGCACAGCCUUGGGUUUUGUCAUUUUUGGAGCGUAUGCAGUGGCAUGUGUUGUGCAACAGGGGCGGCUUGACGUGUGCUGGGUGAGUCAUGUUUAAUUUAAACAGAUUUGAUCUUGUGAUGUAUUGGAAAGAGUUCAUUCCAUCUCAGAAAUGUUGGAAAGAGAUUUGAAACCUGUGUAUUUACUCUAAUCGGCCAAAAUCUAUACCUGGGCAAUGCUUGAAUCCUUAAUUGACAUGAAAUGUUUUGAGGUGUUUCCAAGAAUCAUUUCUGUCCAGUCUGGUCAUUUGAUAAUUUAAACUUUUUUUUACCAGUUUUUUUUUUUUUCCAUCCCCUUCUGAUUUGACCAAAGCUCAAGAUUAGUCACCUUAGUUUAGGGGAAACGGUUUCAUCGCGUGUUCCACCUGUUUCACAUUACAGUUUAGGAGUUAGGAUGUUCAUAGAUCCGUGUCUGUUGAAUCAUACAACCUGGAAAUUAAAAUGCUCUUCGCAGAAAUCUGAGAAAUGUAUUUUUUUGCAACAAGUAUUUUGAAACAUCUGUCUCCUAGGACACUUUCAACAAUCGAAUUCCAAUCCUGACGUUUUUUUUUUUGUUUUUUUUUAAACUUGCAUUCUUUUUUAGUGAGACGUGUUUUCCAUCCAUCCUUGAUGUACUUCUUUUUUUUUUUUUUUGCUGAAACAUAUUUGCUAUUGUGCAUCCUGGAGAAAAGAAAACAGCCCGGCUGAGGAGGGGAUGGUGGUGGUCUGCUAAAAUGCAGACUUGUGCCAUUUUUCUUUCUUUCUUGCGCUCAGUGCAUUCCAAGACUCGUCAUCUGUAUCUGUGUUCAUACAAUAACUAACUGCCAAAGAGCUGUCUAACGCUUUAUUCCUGUAUCAUCUCACUUCAGUUCUGAAAUUUACUUUACAAAGUAUGACAUUCCAUUUUUCAGUAUGGUACUCAUUCAAUGGUUUAUACUCUUGUUUUUCCUAUUGCAAGUUUUUUGUAGUUUUUGUAACUGUAGAGAUUAUUUUGUCUUCAGAGUAAAUAAAUAUUUGAACUAAA